AUGGAAUCCAACCGAUCCUCGAACGAUUACACUCCAGAGGAGCUUGAAGCUGCCGCAGGUUUCCUACAAUUAUUUGACACACCAAUCGAUUUCAGCCCAAGCAGUUGGUCUCUUGAAGCCGGGACUGAAAGCAAACUCCCUGCUUGUGAUAACGGAUUGGCAGACACAUCAAUCGAUUCUGCUGCGCCCUUGGCCUCAACCCACCCCCUGCCUCUGACUAGCACCGAGCCAAGUUCCAAAACAUGGUUUCACGGCCUUCUCGGGCGCGUACCCUUGAAAAAGUUCUUGCGUUUCGGCCUGAGGACUGCUCAGCUUGACGCAGAAGGGGAACGUCGUCUCGAGGCUCUACUAGUCGAGAUGCCAGAGAGAUCCUGUGUACAGGAGGCAGCUUGGUAUUUGGAAGAGAACAAGUGGAACGUGAACGAUGCAAUCGCACAAUACAAGGAGGACGAAGCCGCUCGUGCAAGUCAAAACAGCACCGAAUACCAACAAGCUCUCCAAGCAGCGAACACGGUCACGAAACAAAACUUUAGCCAUGAUCUUCUAGACUUCCGCAUCAAGGAAACUGUUGGAACGCGCCGUUAUACAUUCCCAGGAGCUGAAGAGUUCGACAUCGACAACCCGGACCACCUGCGUGCACUGAAUCACUGGCGGGCCGACCUGGCUCGAGUGCGUGGACCCCUGCCAAACAUCCCUGUGCCGACAGGCACCGACAAAUACUGGAAAAAGGGUGAAGAGCGCUAUCUGCAAUAUCGGUACGCUAAUAAGAAGGAUGAAUAUGCCGUUGGCGCGCUACCUGACAUGGCGAAGCUGGUUGACGAAUUGAACUAUGUCACUGUCGGUCGCUAUAUGCCUGAGAAAGUCAUUCCUUGCGCUGGACGCACCGUUACCAGUGCUAACGCGUGGCUCGACCGCACCUGGAAGAGAGACAGCCAAGGCAAUCGUAUCAUCCACCAGCAGCGAUACAUAUCGGCUAUCAAAAUCUUGAACAGGCGUGAUGAGGAACAGGCGGAGUAUGAUCGGUUUGUGAAUUGA